AUGGACAUCCCCAAUGACAUCACGAGGUGCUUGGCUGUGAUUGCCAGGAGGAUUUGCUCCAUCACCUUCCCAGGGACAGAGGUGACGUUGGGCAGGCUGCAGCUCACCAAGCCCUCCUUGCCCUGCUCAAAGCUAGGUAUGAUAUUUGCCUUCUCCUACUCACCAAUGUCUCGGGAAUCGCGGUGGCCGAGCCACCCCAGCACCGUGCUCAUUCCCAAGGCCCGGGGAGGGCGAGCGCAGCGUGCCGCGUACCUGCUCCUGGCUCUGUGUGCCGCAGCGCUGUACCUCACCGGGGAGCCCCUCGUGCCCAUCGCUCGCGGCCUCACCUCCCACUUCGCAGCCCUGCAGAUCUGGGAGCUGCUCAAGGGCACCUGCUACCUGGCCGAGGAGAUCUUCCACCUCCAGUCCAGGCACCACGGCAGCUUCUGGAGGGUCCUGAACGCCUGCUUACCCCUGCGCUGGCACGUGCCCAUGCUGCUCGUCUGCGGCUCAGCCUACGUGGCUCUUCUCAAUGAAGACAGGCAGGCGCUCGGCCUCCACCUCGUCCUGGCCAGCCUGUGCCAGCUCCUCGUCCUCGCUCUGGGGCUCCACAAGCCCUCAGCAGUGGAAAUGUCUGAGAUGUCCGAGAGGUCCAAGCAGAAUGUCGCUCAUGGGCUUGCCUGGUCUUAUUAUGUUGGGUACCUAAAAAUAGUCCUGCCACGGGUGAAAAAGUCGAUGGAGGAAUUCAGCAGAGCCAACCCCAACGUGCUGGCAUGCAGGGAGACCUGGAAGCUCCACAUCUUGGUCCCUCUGAGCUGUGACUUCUAUGAUGACCUGGAGAAAGCUGACAGCAAUAUCCAGUACCUGAUGGACCUCGCUGAAACCACCAUGACCCGAGCUGGCACCAAAAAAAGGGUCUACAAACACAGCCUCUACACAAUCAGGGAUAAAGACAACAAGCUCUGGCACUGCGCGGUGGAGUACGCCACCCCGCUGCAGUCCCUCUACGCCAUGUCCCAGGAUGAAUGUGCUGCCUUCAGCCGGGAGGAGCGCCUGGACCAGGCCAAGCUUUUCUACAGGACCUUGGAGGAGAUCCUGAGAGGCUCCAAGGAGUGCGCGGGUACCUACCGGCUCAUCGCCUACGAGGAGCCAGGAGAAGCAGAGACCCACUUCUUGUCCAGAGAGAUCCUCUGGCACCUGCGGCAGCAGCAGGAGGAGUACGCCCUGUCCGAGGGGAACCAGCCCCACACCCCGUCCACGACCCUCCACUCCACAGAGCUCGAUCUCCAGAUCAGUGAGUCAGACCUGCCGCAGCCUCUGCGAAGCGACUGCUUCUAA